AUGUCGUUCGUCGGCGUUCGAACGCGAUUCGCUCCAUCGCCAACCGGACAUUUGCACAUCGGCGGUCUUCGAACAGCGCUGUUCAAUUAUUUAUUCGCGAAAAAACACGACGGGAAAUUCGUGUUGAGAAUUGAGGACACGGAUCGAGCAAGAUUUGUGGGCGAUGCUCAGCAAAAGAUUUACGAGGCAUUGGAUAUGUACGGUCUGAAGCCAGACGAAGGACCGCGAGAAGGCGGACCAUUUGGUCCAUACGAGCAGUCGAAGCGAUUAGGGCUUUAUAAGGAAGCUGCCAAUCAGCUAAUCGAUUCUGGCCACGCUUACAGAUGCUUUUGCUCAGAACAGCGUUUGGAGCUUCUCCGAAAAGACGCGUCGCGUCGCGGCGAGAUCCCGAAAUACGAUCGAAAAUGUGCGAGUCUCGACGCGAAAACGUCGCAAAAAAUGGCGGAGAGCGGCGAGAAUCACGUGAUUCGAUUGAAGCUCGACAAACAGACGAUCGCGUUCGACGACGAGGUGUUCGGCCACGUGACGCAGCUCAUCGACGAGUCCGACGCCGUCGUGCUCAAAUCCGACGGCUUCCCGACGUACCAUUUGGCGAACGUGGUCGAUGAUCGCCGAAUGGAGAUCACGCACGUGAUUCGCGGAAUGGAAUGGCUCAGCAGCACCGGAAAACAUCAUCUAUUGUACAAGGCGUUCGACUGGAAGCCGCCGCGAUUUGUCCACUUGUCGUUGAUAAUGCGAACGGCGGCGAAGAAGUUGUCGAAACGCGAUCGCGAUGCGUUCGUCGCCUAUUACGGCGAUGUGCUCGGCGUUCUGCCGGACGCGCUCCUCAAUUUGCUCGUUCGCAACGGAAGCGGCAUUCGCGAUUUCGACGCCAAUCGAUUCUACACACUCGCCGAUCUCGUUGCCGAUUUUGAUCACACCCUAUUGGGUCGACGCAAUUUGUUGCUUGACACCGACGUUCUCAACAAGUAUGCUCGAAUGGCAUUCAAAUGCGCUGAUUUUGAGACAACAUUGAAGCCGCGAAUUUUGGCGCGAAUUCAAAAUGAUUUGAAAUUGGCGAACGAUGAGCUGCCGAAUGACGAGUAUCUUCGAAAGAUUGUCGAUUUUCUGCGGACGAAAGAGGAAACGUUUGGGAAUUUGUCGUCUCUAACUCGCGGCGAUUUCGUCUGGUUCUUCACUCAGCCGAAAUCCGCCGAGGUUUUGAUUUCUCAAACGACAACGAUAGGCAAUUUGCGAGAGAUUCUCGACGAUUUGAGAAAUUUGGACGACUGGACCAUCGAGUCGAUUCAAAAAAUCGCGCGCACCCACAAAAUAUCCGAUUCGAAGAUGAUGGCGAUCAUUCGGAUCUCGCUGAUCGGCUCGAAGAAGGGACCACCAAUCUCGGAACUCGUCGAAUUCUUCGGACCAUCGCAAUGCUCGCAGCGAAUUUCGACAAUGAUUUCUCAUCUUUCUUCUUAA